AUGGAAAACGUUAAUAUUUCCAAUAAAACGGCGCUAACGCCAAAAUUCGACGAUGGAGUCGGAAUAUGGUAUUGGUUUCUACGAGGGAUAAUUGGGUUGGUGAUUUUGGCGGGAAAUGGUCCUGUAAUCUACCUCAUUGCCACGCGCCACCGGCUUCAAACGACGUCUAACUGGUUUAUUCUGUCCCUUUCUGUCGCUGAUCUUUUGGUCGGAGUAUUUGUGAUUCCCGUUUCUACAUCUUGCUCUCUUUUAACGAAUUGCAACGACGCAGUUAUGAUCCUCUUCUUUGACCUUUUGCUGUUCGUUUCCAUUGGCAACAUGUGUGCGAUGACCGCUGACCGUUACCUCUCUGUUGUAAAACCGCUGACCUAUUUCCAGAACAUGACCAACUCGCGUGUUCUUCAGUGGAUAGUCGCGGCUUGGAUGAUUCCAAUUUCCUUUUCAGUCAUUCCCUUCGCUUGGAUUAUCUCUAAAUCAGCGAAGCGGAAAAAGAGAGCAGAGAUGAUCUAUGGAACAAUCCAAAUCGUCAGCUUUAACAUCCUUCCGUGUGUCGUAAUGCUGCUCAUCUAUGGACACAUUUUCGUAGUUUCUCGAAAACAUUCUCGGCAAAUCCGCGCCCUGUGUGUGGAACAGAACGCAGGGAGAUCGAGAGCUUUAAAUUCACGACGAAUGAAGCAAGAAAGAUCGGCAACAAGGGUCUUUAGUCUGGUUUUGCUGAUAUUUGUGUUGUGUUGGUUGAUAUCCGCAUAUCGACAUUUCUGCAGUUAUUUUAAACUGUCGUGUCCCAUUUCUUCUGGAACAGUACUUUCAUCCCGUUUGUUAAUGGUAGCGAACUCGGCUAUUAAUCCGUUUAUUUAUGCAUUAUUAAAGGAGGACAUCAAGAGAGAAGUGAAAAGAAAGCUCUGUAGAAGACGAGGGGAGGUUGAAGCAUUUACUUCAUCUUUACAAAGUGGCAGUCGCUAA